AUGAGACUAAACAACAUUAUAAUAUUUUAUAUAAUAUCAUUAGUAUAUUCAUUAGCUAUGCAAGAUGAUGGUGAUGAUAAUACUGAUACUACAAAUACUUCUCAAACUCCAACUAGUGUCUGGGUUACAACAACUAUUGGUGGUUCAUCACUUGUAAUUCAAACUACAUAUCAACAAUCAUUUAUGUCUAGUUAUACAGAAGCAAAUACAGAAGAUGUUAAACAAGGUUCAGUUGGUUUAGGUUCAUUAAGUAAUGUUGAUUCAGUUGGUAGCAUUAGAAGCUAUUCACAAACUACAAUUUCUUCACAAGGAGAUGCUGCUCAACAAUGGUUAGGAUCAUCAUCUAGUAUAUAUACUGGUAUAUUUGGUGGAUUGUUUAUAAUAUUAGGACUUAUUUAG